CGGAAGCAGCUGCAUAAAGACGGAGACUGAAGCGACAGGGAGCACGUGUCGCGUACUUUUACACUUUGGGGAGUCUGCACUGUGAGUCCUGUUUUUGUUUUAAUAUUCUGCUGCUGUUGCGAUGCCUCCUAAAAAGCCAGCAGUGGACUCUGCUGUUGCGCCUGCGCCAUCCCCCGUCGACUCGCCUGUGGAGGAGCAAGUCGAAGCGAAAUCAGAUGCUGCAGUUGUGCGUAAAAUUGCAACUCAUCCAUCCACAUUCAUUAUGGUGAAAGAGGCGCUCAACGAGCUGGACUCGCGCAAAGGAGUCUCCUCCCAAGCCAUACAGAAUUACAUUAAACAGACAUACCCCUCUGUGGAUUUGGUGAGGUUGAAGCACUUCGUGCGCAGAGCCCUGAAGAAGGGGAUCGAGACUGGCACGCUGGUGCGUCCUGCCAACUCCAGUGUCGCCACAGGCGCGAUGGGUAAAUUCAGGCUUGCACCAAAAGUUAAGAAGUCCAAAACUGAGAAUACGGAUCCUAAUGUGCAGAAGGCUCCGAAACCAGCCAAAGAUGCAGCCAAAAAGAAAUCUCCAAAAGCAGUUGCCACAAAAAAGAAAGCUGUCGCCAAGUCGCCCGCCAAGGAACCUGCCAAGUCACCCGCCAAGGAACCUGCCAAGUCAAAGGAGGACACCAAACCUCCCAAAAAGUUGAAGAAGGACGAAGAGGCUGCUACAACCACAAAGCCUGCUCCAGCAAAGAAGCCAAAGGCUAAAAAAGCUGUCGAGAAGGAGGAUGUCAAGGAAGACUCGGAUAUAAUCAAAACAAAGCAGGCGAAGGUCACCAAGGAGGCGAAGGUCACCAAGGAGGCAAAGGUCACCAAGGAGGCAAAGGUCACCAAGGAGGCAAAGGUCACCAAGGAGGCAAAGGUCACCAAGGAGGCAAAGGUCACCAAGGAGGCAAAGGCAGGAAAGGUGUCUAAGAGCAAGGCGACUGAAACGCUCAGCGACGCCCCAGCCCCCAGAGUGACCGGGAAACGAGGGAGGAAGGCUGCAGAAUAA